GGAUCAUUACUUAAUCAACAAAAUUAGGAGAAGUGCACUCUUACCCAAUACAUUUUUUUUUUCUAGAAAUGGAAUACUUUCCCAAUAAUAGGCACAAAAGCAUGUUUACUCAGGAAUUGGCCUUUUGAUGAUUAUCUAUGUUUCGGCCGAAAGGUUUCUGGAAACCACACAGAAAUUUCUCAAUCAAUAUCUGGAGCCGUUCAUUCGUUUAUCAGUAACUGCCUUAAAAUCAAGAUUUUCCUGCUACUCUGUAAGAGAGAGAAUAACAGACUCAUUUUUUGAGAGUGAGAAACCAUAAACUAAAGAAGUAAAGAGGAAAGCUACAGCGACUGAAUAAAGAAAGAAUCUGAAAAAGAAGAGAGAAACUCAGAGGCAAGGGAGAAAAAGAAGAGAGAAACUCAGAGGCAAGGGAGAGAGAGAAGAGUAAAUGGAAGAGGGUGUGUGAGAGAUAGGAUAGAGAGAGAAAGCAGAUGGGGAGUAAUGGAAUUGCAAUUGCAAGUGCUAUCCUUCUUUUUUCACUCUGUUUUCAAGUGAAGAAAGCAGACCCUAACAACCUUCUGCAAAAGAAUGAAACCACAACAGAGGAGGAGGACCAAGGAUUCGAAACUGAGCCCGACUUUGAUAUGAAAUUUCUAGUGCUCGAGACUUCAUCUCAACCUGACUCAAAAUCUCCCGAUUCUGAAACUGGCUUCGGAAUCGGAGAGGGAUUUCCAGUGGUUGAGAGCACCACCAAAGUUGGCGGCGUAUUUGGGGAGGAAUUUGUCGAAGGAGAGGGUGGCCAAACUAUUCCAAGGCGUUUUCUGAAAGGAGGCGGCCAUGGUGGCGGCCGUGGAGGAUCUGGCGGUGGUCGUGGUGGUGGUCGAGGACGGGAGAGGGGGGCGGAGGUGGCCGAGUUUUUCCAAUUAUAGUCGGCGGAGCGGCCGGGUCUCACGGCCACAGCAAUGCUGCAUGCAAAGGUCUUUCUAACCCGUAUUCGGCCCUGGCGGUUUGUGGAUUCCUUUUGGCCUGGAUUUUUAACAGUAUGACAUAUUAGCUUUUCAGUUGAAAAGUAGGAUUGGGGGCGGAUGCUUUUUUUUGUUGCAGAGAAGGCAUAGCAUUUUCUUUGUCAGACUGAAAAAAGAGAAGGCAUAGAAUUUAGCUUUGUGGAUCAUAAAUUUUUGUAAGUGUUUUAAAACCGGCAUAAGGUGACGGAUCUGAGUUUGAAAGCACAAAUCGGUUUUCUAAAUCGGUUUUCUUGAUGACCGGUUGGAUGGGUAGGGUUCUAGAGCAGAACACUGGUUUUGUUGGACGCUAGCAGAAAGACACCAUUAAUAUGAAUCUUUUUUUUUCUUGUGAA